CCCUGUGCCCCUCCCGGAAAGGGCCUGCGAGGGCGGGGCUGCUCGGUGGUUCGCGCCCCGAAUGCUGGGCUGGGGGCGGGGCCUGCGGGGGCGGGGCGGGGCCCUGGGACUCAGCCGGGAAGUGGAGGCGGCGGCGGCGGCCGGAUUGCAACGCCGUGUCUUGUGACCCGCCGGGCGGCCCGGCUCGGGCUGCGGGGCUUCGGCGGGGGCAUGGGCAUGGGCCGCGGGGCGAGGCUGCUGGGCUUCUGCCUGUGGCUGUGGCUGCCCCGGCUGCGGGUCCAGGGGCCGCGGCCCGCCCAGCCGGAGCAGGUGCAUCUGUCUUACCCAGGAGACCCCUCCUCCAUGGUGGUCACCUGGACGACCUUUGACCCAGCCGAGUCCCUUGUGCUCUUUGGCCAGGCUCCAGGAAAGGCCCUUCCUCACAAGGCCAGCGGAAAUGCCACACGCUUUGUGGAUGGGGGCAGCCUGGGCCGUGCCAUGUUCAUCCACCGAGUGACCCUCCGGGGCCUUCUGCCGGGACAGAGCUACGUCUAUCGCUGUGGGAGCCCGUGGGGCUGGAGCCAACGCUAUGGCUUCCGAGCACUGCAGAACGGCAGCAGCUGGAGCCCCCGAUUCGCCCUAUUUGGAGACAUGGGCCUGGAGAACCCCCAGUCCUUGUCCCGGUUGCAGAGGGAGACUCAGCAGGGCUGGUACGACGCAGUGCUGCACAUAGGAGAUUUUGCCUACGACCUGGACUCGGAUAAUGCCCUCGUCGGAGAUGCCUUCAUGCGGAAAAUCGAGGCAGUGGCUGCCUUUGUGCCAUAUAUGACUUGCCCGGGAAAUCACGAGGAGAAGUACAAUUUCUCCAACUACCGGUCCCGCUUCAGCAUGCCUGGAGACACCGAGAGCCUCUGGUACAGCUGGGAUGUAGGCCCUGCUCACCUCAUUACCUUCUCCACGGAGGUGUAUUUCUUCCUGGACUACGGGGAGCAGCUGGUAGCCAAGCAGUUCCAGUGGCUGGAGAGGGACCUCCAGGAGGCAAACCAGCCUGCGCGGCGUGGGGAACGCCCCUGGAUCAUCACCAUGGGGCAUCGGCCCAUGUACUGCUCCAACAACGACAAGGAUGACUGCACCCAGUACGAGAGCAUCGUUCGCAAAGGACUGAAGCCAAACCGUUAUGGCCUGGAGGAUCUUUUCUUCAAAUACGGGGUAGAUCUGAUGCUGUGGGCUCACGAGCAUUCCUACGAACGGCUCUGGCCCGUCUACAACUACAAGGUUUACAAUGGGAGCACCGCAGCCCCUUAUACCAAUCCCAGCACUCCCGUCCACAUUAUCACUGGAUCAGCUGGUUGCAAGGAGCAGCUGGACCCCUUCAUCCCAGACCCGCGAGAAUGGAGUGCUGUGCGGAUUGAGGAUUAUGGGUACGCCCGCAUGCAGAUCGUCAACAUGACCCACCUCUGGUUGGAGCAGGUCUCAGAUGACCAGAAUGGGAAGGUCGUGGAUAAGAUUUGGCUGAUCAAAGACCGGCAUGGCCCCAGGGCCUGGCACUGACCCUCCAGGCCGGAAGGUCUGAGGAGGCAUCGCGGCCACCUUCUGGUCCGGACAGCUGGCCAGGAUUUCACCUUCUGAGCUCCAGCAGCUUCAACUGCAAACUGGCAGUGGGUUCUCUGGUGGUUUGCAUGACCCCAAAUGUGAUCCCGGCUACAGAGGGCAUCAAAAAGUCAAGAUGGAGACCUUGACCCAUGGAGAAAAAAGAGGAGGAGCUUCAGUGAUGUGGCUGCAGCUGCCCUCCUGAUGCCCCCCUGUACUUGUCCGUCUGCCCAGCCUGAAUUUAGAGUUAGCUUGAGAGAGGAAUAAUGUUUUCAUGUCCUUGGUGCAAACUGUCCCAACUUCAGACGGAUGGGAAUGGGCUUUCUGCCUGCAGGGGCUCACAUCUCAAAUCUCUCUCCUCCUUUAAUCCACUUCUUGCUGUCUCUUCCUCCCAGGCAGCUGUUUUAACACUCUAAGAAUUGAGGACUUGAUUCAGCUGUGUGACGUGUAAUGAACUAAAAGGAUCUUGUUUGUAGAACUGCGUAGGGUGCAGUGACUUGCUGUGAAUUUUUCUGAAGGACUUUAAGACGGCUUUCUCUCAUGCUCUGCUCUCCAGAGAUUCUUUUGGCAUAACGCCCAUCAUUGUCAGACAAAUUAGGGAUUGUAGCCCGAAGCUCUGGAGGAUGGCAGACCAGCCAAUGGCAAGAAGGGUUAUGGGUACCCACAAAUUUAUGGGAUGCUGAUCUUGACUGUAGCAUUAAAGACAAGCGUGAUUUUUAAGCAAAUAAUUACUUGAAAUAAAAGUCAGAAAUAAAAGGAGACAAGAAAAAAAGCGUUUAUUUUUAAA